ACCGUGCGGCGCCCCCGUGCCAGUCCCCCGCCCCCUGCGCCGCCGCCCCGACGGGCGACCCCUGCGGGGGCUACUGCCUCAAGACCAUGAAGAAGGAGGUGUGCUCCGUGGCCUUCCUCAAGGCAGUGUUCGCAGAGUUCCUGGCCACCCUCAUCUUCGUCUUCUUCGGCCUCGGCUCGGCCCUCAAGUGGCCGUCGGCGCUGCCCAGCGUCCUGCAGAUCUCGCUGGCUUUCGGCCUGGCCAUAGGUACCAUGGCCCAGGCCCUGGGGCCCGUGAGCGGUGGCCACAUGAACCCCGCCAUCACGCUGGCCCUCCUAGUGGGUAACCAGAUCUCCCUGCUCCGGGCGGUCUUCUACCUGGUGGCCCAGCUGGUGGGCGCCAUUGCCGGGGCCGCAAUCCUCUACGGGCUGGCACCGUCCAACGCCCGAGGCAAUCUGGCUGUCAACGCGCUCAACAACAACACGACCGCGGGCCAGGCUGUGGUGGCGGAAAUGAUUCUGACCUUCCAGCUGGCACUCUGCGUCUUCUCCUCCACUGACUCCCGCCGCACCAGCCCCGUGGGCUCCCCAGCCCUGUCCAUUGGCCUGUCCGUCACACUGGGCCACCUAGUGGGGAUCUACUUCACGGGCUGCUCCAUGAACCCGGCCCGAUCUUUCGGUCCCGCAGUAAUCAUGAGUCGGUUCAGCUCUGCACAUUGGGUGUUCUGGGUGGGGCCCAUCGUGGGGGCUGCCACGGCUGCCAUCAUCUACUUCUACCUGCUCUUCCCCCACUCCCUGAGCCUGAGUGAUCGUGCGGCCAUCCUCAAGGGCACGUAUGAGCCCGAUGAGGACUGGGAGGAGAACCGAGAGGAGCGGAAGAAGACCAUGGAGCUGACCGCCCACUGACCAGCAUCACACAGGGGUCAGCCUCUCAGCCCCUGAACCGCAGGGGAGAAGAGGAGACGUGCAUGACAGCAAGGCCUCCUCCGCCCGCAGCUGGGUCCUCUGGGCUGGGGCGGAGGUGCUGCUCGCCAGGCUGUGCAGUAAAGAUUUGGAAGCAAGAACACAGGAUGGGACUCUUGGGG